AUGACGAGAGGGAAGUGGCGCGCCACCAGCACUGUUUAUGGUUGGAAUGGUGUGCUGCUGACCUUAACUUGGAACGUCGAGGAUGUAUCGGUGAGUCUGCUGUCCCUACUGGUGACCACCUGUGGUCUGGCGCUCUUUAGCGUCUCUCUCUUUGUCUCAUGGAAACUGUGCUGGUUGCCACUAAGUGGCCGUUUCCUCCCAGAUGUCCUCAAGGGGGCACACUUCCUGGGAGGAGAUCAACAACCUGUCCUCACAGAGGUGGACGGAGAAGAAAGGGAGUACAGCGAGGAUGGUUGUGUGAAGGAACCAUCGGGCCCCCCUUCGGCUGUGACUGUGCCUGAGUCAGCCUUGAAGAUAAGCCACACAUCGCCUGACAUCCCACUAGAGACCCAGACUAAAGUGGAGAGGAACCAAGUUCACACUCUGGCCAGAGACAGGGUUCAGAGGCAAAUUACUGAGCCUACCUCCUCUGUACGGCAUAACUCCAUUCGUCGUCAGAUGAAUCUGUCUAAUCCUGACUUCAACCCAGCUCAGUUUCAACGCCAGGACUCCCUGUCCGGUUUGGGCCGGAUAAAACCAGAGCUCUACAAGCAGCGAUCUGUAGAUGCUGAAGACGGUCGUCGGACUGACAGCUGCGGUCGUCUUCACUUCAUCCUAAAGUUUGACUUUGACCUGGAGCAGCUUAUUGUGAAGAUUCACAAGGCCCAGGAUUUGCCUGCCAAGGACUUCUCAGGGACCUCAGACCCUUAUGUCAAGAUCUACCUUCUGCCUGACCGCAAAACCAAGCACCAAACCAAGGUGCACCGCAAGACUCUCAACGCAGUGUUUGAUGAGGUGUUUCUGUUUCCUGUGGCGUAUGCUGAGCUGUCAAGCCGCAAACUGCACUUCAGCGUCUAUGACUUUGACAGGUUCUCACGACACGAUUUGAUUGGCCAAGUGGUGGUGGACAACUUCCUGGAACUGGCCGACUUUCCCCGGGAAACAAAACUAUGCCGGGAUAUACAAUACGUGACCUCGGACAAUGUGGAUCUUGGAGAGCUGAUGUUCUCGCUGUGCUAUCUCCCCACGGCUGGCAGACUUACCAUCACCAUAAUCAAAGCCAGAAAUCUAAAAGCCAUGGACAUCACUGGAGCCUCAGAUCCAUAUGUGAAAGUGUCCUUGAUGUGUGAGGGAAGGAGGCUAAAGAAAAGAAAGACUUCAACCAAGCGUAACACACUGAACCCAGUGUACAAUGAAGCCAUUGUGUUUGAUGUUCCUCCAGAAAAUAUCGACCAAAUCAGUCUGCUCAUUGCAGUCAUGGAUUAUGAUAGGGUUGGACACAAUGAAGUAAUUGGAGUCUGCAGGGUUGGUAGCGAAGCCGAAAGCCUGGGUCGAGAUCACUGGAAUGAGAUGCUAACAUAUCCCAGAAAACCCAUCGCACACUGGCACCCUCUCAUUGAGUGGGUCGGACAGGGAGCGACAGUGAGUGGAAGCCAAGGAGGAUCUACCAACUCUCUGAAGACGCCACCGCCACCGUCACCAUGAUCACAUGCACAAGUACAAAAAGAUCCAAUGUCUCAGGAUGGGAAGAGUUGCAAGAGUUAUCAACUGAUAAUCCUGUUUGGAAGUUAAGACAUAUAACGUGUGACUAACAGUAGCAUCAUCAGCUGUAGGCCAGUACUAAAGCUGAUUUGUCAAUAGAUUGAAGUAAGUUUCAAUGUGCAAAGACCACAGAAAAGGCUUAUUCCACUUGUCUACAUCCUUUUGUGUCCUCACAAACCAAAAAAAAAAAACACUUAACAUUCCAACUGAACCACCAGAAUGCUCUUAUUUGUCAUACCAAUCUGUUACUGAUAGUACUAACAAGAUGAAAUUAUUUCAUUAUUCUAGUGUUUUGUUUUUCUUGCUUUUUCCUAAGCUUGUUGAUGUUUGUGGACUAAAAUGAUUUACUUUUAGGCAAAUGUGUUUUGGCUUAAACUGUUGAUUUUUGUGAGUGGCCAGUUAUAGACAAAGUGUUUGCUUUAUGACAAAAGAUAAGUUAGAAUUUAAUAAGAACGUUCUUGUUUAGAUAACUGAACUUUUAUAUUUCUUUAUCUGUUGUGAGGCAUUGUCAAAGUUUAACAUGCACUGUAUGUUGUUAGUACUGGCGGAAAUGAACAAAGGGGAUUGUACUGCAAGCUUUGGUUUUACCCCAGUGGAAGACCUUCCUGCAGAGCUAUUCUUGUUAAGAUGUUUUGCUAAAAGACUGUAAGUGGCAGAGACAAAUAUUGUUUUUGUUUUUGUGCAUGUUAAAUUGUCAUUAUUUGUUAACAGGAUGUUGUCAAAAUAAAGCAAAGAAAAUUUUGAGAGUUGUCCUCAGU